AAACGUUUCGUCUCUCCGGCAAAAAGGUUUAACAGAGAGAGAACGAAAGGUGAUUUGAAGCUUGACAUGGUUAGGGUUUCGCCCUUGCCCAGUCCCGUGGAAUCAUAAAAGCAGAGCCUUUUUCGCGGCCUCCAUUAGGGUUCUCAUUUCUCAGGGCUUGGCUCUGUUCAGCUCGCGUUGCGGGUUUCUUAGUGCCAAAUUCGCCGCUGGGGCGGUUGGGUUUUUGAUAAAUCUUCUUCUUUUCUUCUUUCUGGGAAUGAAAUUUGAUAAAACCUUCUGUUGGGUUUCUCAAAUUUGUCUUUAUUUAACAGGAUUUUCCAUCCAAAAGACCUUCGAUUUCUUUGCUCUGUUCAGUUCGCCUUGCGGGUUUCUUAAUGUCAAAUUCGCCACUGGGGCGGUUGGGUUUUUGAUAAAUCCUCUUCUUUUCUUCUUUCUGGGAAUGAAAUUUGAUAACAAUCUUCGGUUGGGUUUCUCGAAUUUGUCUUUGUUUAACAUAUUCUCUGUUCUCAAGUUUUCAGCUUUAGCAGGAUUUUCCAAGAAAUCAAAGGUCUUUUGGAUGGAUUCGAAGAAGUCUCCAAAGUUAAUCGCAGAAUAUUCAGAGGAGUUUCUGCGAAUGUGGAGGAAAGCUCGAAAUAGUGGGCGAGAUGUGGGUUCACGAAGGAAUGAGGACAUUAUUCAUCAGCAUCGGUUCCUAAAAUCACCAGGAAAGAGAUUUCUGUAAUGGAUAAUGGUAUUUGGACUGUAUGGUUCUCCCUGUACCAAUCUCAAAUGCAUCAAGUUACUGGCUUUUCUCUCCUCGAGCUCGUUUACCUUCCUCUGUUUUCCAUUUUCUUGCAUCUGCUUCUGUUGCUGGUCCUGUUUGGUUCAUGGGUGUCUAAGAAAAUGGGGAAGUGUUCAGAGGAUGCGAGGUUUAACAAGACCAUAUCUUCCACAUACAAUAAGACAGUCUUUAUGUUUUGUGUCACUUUGUCUGUCUUUAAUCUCGUGUUGUUGUCGUUGUUGAGUUACUACUACUGGCAUAGCAACGGUUGGCUUCACAGUAAACUUGCCAACCUUUUGGAUUUUCUGUUGGAAGCCAUUGCUUGGGCAGCCAUUUCUAUCUACUUGAAAAGCCUAUCCCCCGAUUCUAGCAAGGAAAAGUUUCCUUUUUUGCUUAGACUCUGGUGGGUUUUCUAUUUCAUUGUUUCUUGCUGUAGUCUGGUGGCAGACAUUGUUCUAUACAGGAGACAUGAAGUGGUAGUACCAGUUUAUCUUUCACUAGUGUCUGAUGUGGCGGGCGUUACUGCUGGACUGUUUCUGUGUUAUGUCUGCUUCCUGCGGAAAAUCGAAUCUGAAAGUAGCAACUUUCUUGAGGAUCCGCUCUUGAACUGCGCUGAAACCAGCGAUGAGAGGAAUAGCAUAAAGGUUACACCUUUUGCAAAAGCCAGGAUUCUAAGCCAUGUGAGUUUCUCUUGGAUGAGCUCUUUGAUCGACCUUGGGAACAAGAAAAUCAUAGACGCGGAGGAUGUUCCUCAGCUCGACAGAAGCGACAGAGCAGAGGAGCUGUUUCAGGAUUGUAGAAGUAAGCUUGAAGAGGAUGUUGGUAGAAUGACCAUGUUCAAGCUCAUAAAGCUGCUCUUCUUCUCGGCACAGCGAGAUAUUGUCCUGUCAACUCUGUUUGCUUUUGUUUACACGCUGUCUUGCUAUGUCGCACCCUAUCUCAUGGAUACCUUUGUCCAGUACCUGAAUGGUCGGAGACGGUACCAGAAUGAAGGGUGUGUUUUAGUGACAACUUUCUUUGUUGCUAAAGUUGUGGAAUGUCAAUCCCGGAGGAACUGGUACUUUAGGCUCCAAAAAGCUGGGAUCAGGAUGAGAUCGGUCCUGGUUUCGAUGAUCUAUGACAAGGGUUUGACCCUUCCGUGCCAUUCCAAAGAGGGACAUACGAGCGGGGAGAUCAUAAAUCUCAUGACAGUAGAUGCCGAGAGAAUCAGUGCUUUUAGUUGGUAUAUGCAUGAUCCGUGGAUACUUAUGUUACAGGUCAGUUUGGCCUUGUUGAUAUUGUACAGAAGCCUCGGGCUAGGGUCCAUUGCAGCUUUUUCUGCAACUUUUAUGGUUAUGCUGGCAAAUUUCCCGUUUGCGAAAUUAGAAGAGAAGUUCCAGUCAAAUUUGAUGGAAUCCAAAGACAAGAGGAUGAGAAAAACAUCAGAGAUCUUACUGAACAUGAGGAUUCUCAAACUUCAGAGUUGGGAGAUGAAGUUUCUUAACAAGAUUCUCGAGCUUAGGCAGAUCGAGGCAGGAUGGCUCAAAAGAUUCGUCUACAAUUCUGCUGUUAUCAGUUCUGUGCUAUGGGCUGCACCAUCUUUCGUGUCAGCAGCCGCUUUUGGUGCUUGCAUGCUUAUAAACAUUCCCCUCGAAUCAGGGAAGAUAUUAUCAGCUCUUGCAACCUUCAGGAUUCUGCAAGAUCCGAUCUACAAACUUCCUGACACGAUCUCAAUGAUUGUUCAGACAAAGGUAUCUCUGAAUAGGAUUGCAUCGUUCCUUUGUCUAGAUGAUUUACAGCGAGAUGUUGUGGAAAAGCUUCCAGAAAGUGGAAGAAGUUGUAAUGUUGCAGUAGAAGUAAACAACGCUUCUUUCUCUUGGGAUGGACUUUCAUCUAAUCCGACAUUAAGCGACAUGAGCUUCAGAGUGAUUAAAGGGAUGAAAGUAGCAAUUUGUGGUACCGUUGGCUCGGGGAAAUCAAGCUUGCUUGCAUCGAUACUAGGUGAAGUACCCAAGCUAUCUGGAAGCGUCAAGGUUUACGGGACAAAGGCAUAUGUUUCACAAUCUCCAUGGAUUCAGAGCGGUAAAGUCGAAGAGAACAUUCUGUUUGGAAAGCCAAUGGAUCGAGAGUUGUAUGAAAGUGUUCUUGAAGCAUGUUCACUGAAGAGUGACUUGGAGAUACUUCCAUUUCGGGAUCAGACGGUUAUCGGGGAAAGGGGUAUCAAUCUGAGCGGUGGACAGAAGCAAAGGAUACAGAUUGCACGUGCUCUCUAUCAAAAUGCCGAUAUCUAUCUCUUUGACGAUCCUUUUAGUGCUGUUGAUGCUCAUACUGGAUCCCAUCUAUUCAAGGGAGUUUUGAUGGGGCUUCUGAGUUGCAAAACAGUCAUAUAUGUAACCCACCAAGUUGAAUUCCUACCUGCAGCUGAUCUUAUUCUGGUCAUGAAAGAUGGGAGCAUCACACAAGCAGGGAAGUAUGACGAAAUUCUCUAUUCGGGAACUGAUUUUAUGGAACUUGUAGGAGCUCAUAGUCAAGCCUUAGCUGCCGUUGAUGAUACAGUAUCUUCUUCCGCUAAAUCAACCGCGAGUAAAGAAAAUGAACUGUCACAUGAUGAAGAAAACCGAGAGGAAGAAUCGGGGCAAAUAGUUCAAGAAGAGGAGAGGGAGAAAGGAAGAGUUGGGUUUGAUGUGUACCGAAAGUAUCUGACUCUCGGGUAUGGAGGAGGAGCUCUCAUUCCGUUCAUAUUGUUGGUACAGAUUCUGUUUCAGUUACUGAAUAUCGGAAGCAACUACUGGAUGGCUUGUGUGACUCCCGUUUCUAAAGGCGAGGAGUCUCCGGUGAAAGGAUCGACAUUGAUAUCGGUCUAUGUAGCUUUAGCCAUCGCCAGUUCUCUCUGCAUUCUCGUGAGAGCAACUUUGGUUGCAAUGAUUGGUUUUCAGACAGCUACUGAACUCUUCAAUCAGAUGCAUCUCUGCAUUUUCCGAGCACCCAUGUCCUUCUUUGAUUCAACCCCAACCGGGAGAAUUUUGAACAGAGCUUCGACAGAUCAAAGUGUUGCAGAUUUGAGAUUACCGAAUCAAUUUGCAACCGUAGCUGUCGCCGCCAUCAACAUUCUCGGGAUUAUUGGAGUGAUGGGUCAGGUAGCUUGGCCCAUCCUCGUUGUCUUUAUCCCCGUGGUAGCGAUCUGCGUCUGGUACCGGAAAUAUUAUAUAUCUGCAGCUCGGGAACUGGCGAGGUUAGCUGGGAUAAGCAGAUCGCCAUUGAUACAGCAUUUCUCCGAGACACUUUCAGGGAUAACCACAAUCAGGAGCUUUGACCAAGAAGCAAGAUUCCGAAGCGAUGGCAUGAGACUAAGCGAUUAUUAUUCUCGGCUCAAGUUCCAUUCUGCAGGUGCAAUGGAAUGGCUCUGCUUCCGUCUCGAUCUGUUGUCUUCAGUUGCCUUUGCUCUUUCACUCGUCCUCUUGAUAUCGGCUCCUGAAGGAGUCAUCAAUCCAAGCAUCGCGGGAUUAGCUGUCACUUACGCUCUGAAUCUGAAUACUUUGCAAGCGACGUUAAUAUGGACGCUCUGUGAUCUCGAGAACAAGAUGAUAUCUGUGGAGAGAAUGCUUCAAUACAUAGAUAUCCCUAGCGAACCACCUCUUGUAAUAGAAUCAAACCGACCUGAUCAAUCCUGGCCUUCCCUCGGAGAUAUUAAAAUCCAUAAUCUUCAGGUCCGGUAUGCUCCGCAUUUGCCGCUGGUGUUACGUGGAAUAACGUGCAGUUUCCAUGGUGGUCUGAAAACUGGGAUCGUCGGAAGAACAGGUUGUGGAAAAUCCACUCUGAUACAAACCCUUUUCAGGAUUGUGGAACCUGCCGCUGGGGAAAUCAAGAUCGAUGGAGUAAAUAUCUCGAUGAUUGGGCUUCACGAUUUGCGUUCUAGAUUGAGCAUUAUACCUCAAGAUCCAACAAUGUUUGAAGGCACCAUCCGAAGUAACUUGGACCCUCUUGAAGAGUACACCGACCAACAAAUCUGGGAGGCACUUGACAAGUGCCAACUCGGAGACGAAGUGAGGAAGAAGGAAAGGAAGCUAGAUUCUGCUGUAAGUGAAAACGGGCAGAACUGGAGCGUGGGUCAGAGACAACUGGUGUGUCUUGGGAGGGUACUGCUAAAGAAAAGCAAAGUGUUGGUUCUUGAUGAAGCCACUGCCUCUGUGGACACCAUGACUGACCAUCUGAUUCAGCAGACUUUAAGACAUCACUUCUCUGACUGUACUGUUGUUACCAUCGCUCAUAGGAUAUCUUCUGUCAUAGACAGUGACAUGGUCCUGCUUCUAAAUCAAGGGGUGAUAGAGGAACAUGACUCUCCAACCAGACUGCUUCAAGACAAGUGUUCUUCUUUCUCAAAGCUUGUGUCUGAGUACACAGAGAGGUCGGGCUCCAGUCUCAGAAAGAUCUGAGAAAAUCAAACUGUUUGCAGCUGAGACAAUUUGAUUAUCCUACCAGAUAAUGACGACUAUUUCUGUAACUUGUGCUAAGAGUCGUUGUAUUGGAUGUCACUAGUACCACUGCCGCUUUCAAGAACUACAAACAUUACGAUAUUCGAAUCUGAAAAAUAUAAACAGUUUGUGCAGCAUAUAUAUUCUGCAGGAUCUGAAAAGGCAGAGGAGGCAGAAGAUUGACGUAUCCA